AUGUCAGUCACCCAUACUAAUGUUUCAUUAAAUGGGACAAGCUCCCCAAACCAGGGAAUGAUGGAUAUACCCAAAGACCAAAAAUCUUUGAAUCUUUUCAUUUUUUGCUUGACUUUUCUCAUCACAUUCCUAACCCUGCUGGGUAGCAUCUAUUCAUUAGUUUCCCUACUGAGAAUGCAGAACAAAAGUACUGUUUCAAUGCUUGCAACUUCGCUAAGUGUGGAUGAUCUGAUUAGUGUGGUACCAGCAACAAUUUUUAUGCUCAAGCCUUGGUUGAAUGAAAUGCUUCCCCAGACUGUGUGUACCACUUCAGCGCUCCUGUACUUAUUUCAGGGCUUUUCCAGCAACUUGAUGGGGUCCCUUGUAGUUUCCUAUAACUUCUACAGCCUCAACAAAAUGGGAGAGAGCCAAGGGGCCACCAAGAGGCCAGUGAGCAUGUUAUGGGCUGUUCUUACUAUCUGGAUUGUCUGUCUGUUGAUUUGUAUUUUGCCUUUAUGUGGCUGGGGCACCUAUGCUCCCACCUCCUGGGGAUGCUUUGCUGACUGUUCCAGUUCAUAUACCUUGUUUCUCUUUAUAAUCUACUCAUUGUGUUUCUGUCUCCUAAUUAUACUCUCCAUUCCUCUUAUUUAUCAAUUACUGUGUUCAGAUGAGCAGCAGCACUUUUAUGAUGAUUAUCAUCAAGUCACUGGAGACCAUUUUUCUUCUGGAGUACUUCCAUUUGAGAGUCACAAAUCUUCUCUCCCUACAGAAGACACUAUGAAUAAAACCCAGAAGCACUGUCAGAACUCUGACCCAGUUAUCAGACAAAGUCCAGCUGACCACUGUCACUUGGACCACUAUGGCACACGAAAUGUGCCACCUAACAACCGGAACAGCACUGUGGAAUUUGCUCAGAAACGCUUCUCGCUAAUUCUGGCUCUGACCAAAAUCAUUCUUUGGCUCCCAAUGAUGAUACAAAUGGUUGUUCAAUACACUGUUGGGUUUCAAAAUCUUUCCUUUGAGAUAUUCAGCUUCCUGCUAACUUUGCUAGCUGUCACUGUCACUCCGAUGUUUGUCUUGUCAGAGCACUGGAGUCACCUGCCUUGUGGCUGCAUUAUCAAUUGUAGAAAGAACAUCUAUGCAGUGUCAUCAGAGGAAAACAAGGCCAAAAGAAGAGGCUUUGAAUUCAAUUUGUCCUUUCAACAAGGUUAUGGAAUCUAUAAGAUAUCCCAUGACAACCGCCACAGUGAUGGUAGCAAUUCAAUAUCCUACCACAGCUUGCUCAACUGCGAUUGUGAGAACACAAAAGAAACUCAAAAAGACAGCAGCAAAAUGGAGUUCAGCACCAUUUCCGUGGUGGACAGCUCCACGUGUAAAAAUGUUGCUGGUUGCAAAAACCUUGACAGCACAGACGCCAGGAAAGACUUAAGCAGGGAUAAAUUCAUAGACAGUCUACUUUCUGAAAAAAUGACAUAUAAAAAAGAAGAGAUCCGGAAUAUUGAAAAAGGAACUUUUUUUGAAGGACCAGAAAGAAGGUUGUCUCAUGAGGAGGGCCGGAAACCAGAACUCUCUGACUGGGAGUGGUGCAGAAGUAAGUCGGAAAGGACCCCUCGACAGCGUUCAGGUGGUGCCUUAGCUAUUCCUCUGUGUGCAUUUCAAGGAACUGUGUCUCUCCAAGCUCCCACGGGAAAAACCCUCUCUUUAUCUACAUAUGAGGUAAGCUCAGAAGGACAAAAAAUCACUCCCGCAUCCAAGAAAAUUGAAGUGUAUCGCUCCAAGAGUGUGGGCCAUGAGCCAAAUCCUGAGGAUUCUCCAACCACAUUUACUGACACCAACGUGAAGAUUCACUUAGAGGUGCUUGAAAUUUGUGACAAUGAAGAAGCCAUGGACACCGUUUCCAUCAUUAGUAAUAUUAGCCAAUCCUCUGCCCAGGUCCGGUCUCCAUCCUUACGUUAUUCUCGGAAAGAAAAUAGAUUUGUCUCAUGUGAUUUAGGAGAAACAGCAUCUUAUUCACUCUUCAUACCAUCAAGCAAUCCCAACAGUGAUCUGAACAUAUCCAUUCCUGACACUGUCGAAGCUCACAGACAGAAUAGUAAAAAGCAGCACUUGGAAAAAGAGGGUUAUCAAGAAGAAAUACAAAUGCUAAACAAAGCAUACAGGAAAAGAGAAGAAGAUGGGCUUGGCAACUAA